AUGAGAUUGAGAUAGAAAGUAUCUAGUAAUUCAGUUUGUAUUCUUUUAUAAGCGAAUCUCUGAAAUCUGGAAUUCAAGCCGGCAAAUUCUGUGAUUUAGUUUUCAGUCUUAAAAGAACAUCACCUCAUCACGGUUGGUGUUUGGUGUGCUUCUUUCGGUUCGUGGUUGGAUUUUCACGUGCGAACUGCGAAUGAAUAUUUAAAUAAAUAAAAAUCAAUCUUCAAAGUGGUCUUGCUAAUCUCGUUUGAAUAUUUAUUUUCUCGAGUGUACGAGUAUAGUGUGUGUCCUUGAAAUCAAGGGUUGUAGUUUGUAGCCCUUUUCGAUUGUUUAAAAAGCAACCCCUUUUUUGGUUUUGUAUUUUCUAUUUCCUUGUCGAUUUCAAGGAAACUACAUUUUUUUAAAAAAGGUUUUUUCUUGAAAGUUCGUUACAUUUGAUUGGUCAAGCGAAAGAAUUAAAUUUACUUUAAGUAGUCUAAAAAAAAAACAUAAAAGUCUAUGGUCAUUAUUGAAACGAGGUUAUACUUAAGUGAUCUGUUGAAUUCGGGAUUUUUGUUAAGGCUAAUCUCUUAUUACCUACUAACCGUUAAAGUUGAAGCUAUAAGAUAUACCUCUAACACUUUUACUACCUGUGAACGACUGUGGCGGUUAAUUUGAAAUUAUUUUUUAAGUGCUUCUUGCGGAUUGAAUUGUGUAUUUCGUAAUUAUGAACAAUCAUCAUUGGCAGUACAGUUACCUCUAGAUUUAUUUAAAGACUGGUUUCUAAAGAGAAGAGAUAAUAAAUCUCUAAAAAAAAGUGUUAAACUCAAAAAAAGAAAUUAAAUACACUCACAUUAUAAACACACAAUAGAAAUGGAAACAGAAUCACUUAACAACAAAUCUUCAUCAAGACAAAACUCCGUUACUAAUGGCGGUGGCGGUAGCGGCGGUGGUGAUGGCGAUGAGAAACCUUCAGGUGAUGGAGGUGGAGAAGUCACACUGAAAGCUAAAAUGAGCCUGCUUAAUGGAGUGACUGUGAUUGUCGGAUCAAUUAUUGGUUCGGGUAUCUUUGUUUCACCAACAGGUGUCCUUAUGCACACGGGCAGUGUUAAUUUAGCAUUGGUUGUGUGGGUGGCUUCAGGACUUUUUUCAAUGGUUGGUGCUUACUGCUAUGCUGAAUUGGGAACAAUGAUAAGAAAAUCAGGUGCAGAUUAUGCAUAUAUCAUGGAAACAUUUGGACCAUUUAUGGCCUUCAUAAGACUGUGGAUUGAGUGUAUGAUUGUACGGCCAUGUUCGCAAGCAAUUGUCGCACUCACAUUUAGCGUUUAUGUGCUUAAGCCAUUCUUCCCAGACUGCCAGCCGCCAGAGGAUUCAGCACGACUUUUAGCCGUGUGUUGUAUAUUGGUCCUUACGUUUGUCAAUUGCUGGGAUGUUAAAUGGGCUACAUGGGUGCAGGACAUUUUCACCUACGCUAAACUUUUAGCUCUAUUUAUAGUCAUUGCAACUGGCAUGUAUCAAUUAAGUCUGGGAAAAACUGAAUACUUUACAUUCGAAAAUACAAAUACUCAAGUGACGUCAUUGGCACUAUCAUUUUACUCUGGAUUGUUCGCCUACAAUGGAUGGAACUAUCUCAACUUUAUUAUUGAAGAGCUUAAGGAUCCAGUGAAAAAUCUACCCAGAGCCAUUGCGAUAUCCUGCACCCUGGUGACCGUUGUAUAUUUAUUAGCUAAUGUUGCAUUCUACACAACCUUAUCGCCUGAGGAAGUUCUUGGUUCUGAAGCUGUUGCUGUUGCUUAUGCUGACAGGAUAUUUGGACAAUUUGCAUGGACAAUUCCUGUUUUUGUUGCACUAUCAACUUUUGGAGCUGUCAACGGAAUCCUCUUAACUUCAUCACGACUCUUCUAUGCCGGAGCAUGCGAAGGACAAAUGCCAGAGAUUCUUACAAUGAUUCAAAUACAACGAUUCACUCCAACCCCAGCUGUUCUAGUGAUGGCACUCCUCUCUAUGUUGUACCUUACAAGCUCUAACAUCUUUGCGCUGAUUAAUUAUGUCGGAUUUGCCACAUGGUUGAGUAUUGGUGUGUCAGUUCUUUGCCUGCCAUGGUUGAGAUGGGCUCAACCCAACUUGCCACGACCAAUUCGUGUGCCCCUUGUCUUCCCUAUUGUGUAUUUACUUGCCACUUUGUUCGUCACUCUUGUUCCAAUGUAUGCCAGUCCCGUGGAGACUGGCUAUGGUAUUUUAAUGAUUUUGUCCAGUGUGCCAGUUUAUCUGGUAUUUAUUGCGUGGAAAAAUAAGCCAAUGUGGUUUAAUAGGACAAUGGGUGGAUUCACACAAGUUCUUCAAAAAAUGAUGAUGGUUGUUCGACCUAAAACUGCUUCCAAGUAAAUGUUACAAUUUUCCUGCAAAAGAUGCUCAUGGUUUUAGGAAAGACCAAACCAGCUCAGGUGUAAACAUAAAUUGAAUAUAAAACUGAUACCUACAAUUAAUUAUUUAAUUAAGAUUUAGUUGCUUGUUGUUAAACAAAAAAAAAAAAAAAAAAAAACAUUAUAAUAAAUCCAAUAUAAAUAUUUAAAAAAAAAAAAAACAUAUUUCAUACAAGAAAAAAAAAAGCGAAUGUCGUAAAAUAUUUAAUUCUUUUUUAUUCAUUUAAAUAUCUAUAUCUGUAAUUGAUUUUAAUUAAUUCACUGCAUUUUUUAAGAUAAUAGCACCCACAUGCAUUCAAAAUGUAAAACUCAAUGCUAAGCAUUUUCUUUUUUAAUAUUAAACAAUAACAUAAUAUACAAAUAGAUUUACAUCAUGUUUAUAAAAUUUAUUUUUAAAUUAAUAUUUAGGUUUAAAAAUGAACAACUUUUUUUCUAAAAUAGGUUAAUUUUUUUUUAAUUAAGAGAAUAUUAAUUUUAAAAAUUAAAAAUGAUCAUUACAUUUCCUAAAAUUAUAUAUUUUAUAAUAAUAUUAUAAAACAUACAUUUACUUUAAGUUUACAAUUUUAAUUAUUUCUUUUUACUGUUAUUUUUAAUAAAUUUUUAUUUAAUCGAA